UCCGGGCCGCGGGGGGCGGGCCGGACCGCAGCUCGCUAGCCCGCCUUUUGCGAAAAGCCGCUAGCGGUGCUUCCGUACGCCAGGAUCCAGAAGGAUGGACGAAGCCGCUGGAGAUUUGAAGCAGGCGCUCCCAAACGUGUGUGACAACCUUCAAAUAUAUGUGGAAGUUCAUCAGAAAUCAAGCAGUGUGGCCAAGAAAGAAGAUAUCAGGAUGAGUGUCUUAAAGCUGUUGAACAGACAUAACAUCGUGUUUGGUGAUUACAAGUGGACAGAGUUUGAUGAUGGCUUCCUGAACAGCCAUGUGCAGUCUGUGUCAAUUGUGGAUACAGAGCUGAAACUGAAAGACAGACAGCCUAUCGACUUGAGCAAAAGCAGUCUUUCUCUUCAUAUUUUUCAUCUGCAUGAAGAAGGACCAAGCUCUGAAAACCUGGAAGAAGAGAAUGAGGAUAUCAUUGCAGCUAACCACUGGGUGCUACCAGCAGCUGAGUUCCAUGGCCUUUGGGAAAGUCUUAUAUAUGACAGUGAAGUAAAAUCACACUUACUUGAUUAUGUGAUGACAACAUUACUGUUUUCUGACAAAAAUGUUGACAGCAACCUGAUAUCAUGGAACAGAGUUGUUUUGCUGCAUGGUCCUCCUGGAACUGGUAAAACUUCCCUCUGUAAAGCACUGGCUCAGAAGCUGACAAUUCGACUGUCAUACAGGUAUAGGUAUGGACAGUUAAUUGAGAUAAACAGCCAUAGCCUUUUCUCUAAAUGGUUUUCUGAGAGUGGCAAGCUUGUAACAAAGAUGUUCCAGAAGAUUCAGGAGUUAAUUGAUGACAAAGAUGCUCUUGUAUUUGUUCUGAUUGAUGAGGUGGAAAGCCUCACAGCAGCCCGCAGUGCCUUCAGGGCAGGCACAGAGCCUUCAGAUGCUAUUCGUGUGGUGAAUGCUGUACUGACACAAAUAGAUCAGAUUAAAAGGUAUCCCAAUGUAGUUAUCCUAACUACUUCAAAUAUUACGGAGAAAAUUGACAUGGCCUUUGUAGACAGGGCUGACAUAAAGCAAUACAUUGGACCUCCAUCCACUGCAGCAAUAUUUAGAAUAUAUCUUUCUUGCUUGGAAGAACUGAUGAAGUGUCAAAUAAUAUAUCCUCGACAGCAGCUCCUGACACUCAGAGAGUUAGAGAUGAUAGGCUUCAUAGAAAAUAAUGUGUCAAGGUUAAGCCUUGUACUAAAAGAAAUCUCAAGAAGAAGUGAAGGUCUUAGUGGCCGAGUCCUGAGAAAACUUCCUUUCCUAGCACAUGCACUUUAUAUUCAAUCCCCCAGUGUUACCAUGACAGCAUUUCUUCAGGCUCUUUCGCUUGCAGUAGACAAACAAUUCGAAGAAAGAAAGAAACUUGCAGACUGUGUGUGAUACUCUACUGUGUUAUAGUUGUCUGUAUUGUUAACAUUGAAAACUACAUAUUUUUUGUACAAACUGAGCAAUUUCUUUGCAUUUGUAAAAUUGAUUGUCAACACCUUAAAAAACCUGGAAUGCCUAAUUUAGUUUUUUAAAACAUUCCUUAAUAAACAAUUAAACGUUACAGCAUAUUUUUCAAAAGCUUUAUUUCAAACGCCAAUUAGAGGACUGUAAAAAUUAUUGCUAAAAGUAAUUUUUCUUAUUUUGAAGUUACUAAAAGUGGGCAGGCUUCUGUUCCUUAUUUCUUAAUAACUAACUUUCUAUCCAUGCAUCAGUUUUUAUACUUCUGAUUUAUCUUAUAUCUUUUAUAGCAAUAGAAAUUCGGUUUUUGGCAUGCUGAUGCUUCUGCCAUAAAUACACUAUUUGUUACUUGCUUCUGAAAUAAUAAGCAUGAAACAGAAGGAUUCAAAGUGCUCAGUGAUGGCCCAGACCUUUUAUAGUAACAUAUUUUUAUCUUGAAAUUUACAUCAGAUUCAAAAAGUUUAAAAUAAAGAGAUCACUUAAAUUGCAUUUUGUAAUACUACUUUUUUGUUUUGUUGCAAAGACGUGAGCCUGAGUGGACUAGGCUUUCUCACUGAAGAGUAACUACAAUGUGCAAGAAAGGAUCUUUAAAAGGCAUGAAGUUUGGUUUGGUUUUGUUUUAUAAAUAUGACAUAGAAGUUACAAAUUAUCUCUGGAGAAAAAUAUUUUGUAGUGCAGAAGCCAGGAAAUGCCUGCAUCCAGUUCCUACAGGAAACAGUCAACUUUUAUAUGGUAAUUAUAUAUCCUAUUAAUAUUGAUAUUGAUUGAACUGUCAACUCUUCUUUAUCUUUGGAAUUUACAAGUACUUUAUCUGCAGUCAGCUGAAAAAAAAAAAAUGUUAAGGGAGUUUCCAGAUUAGAAGUUUAAUUUUUCUUAAAUGAAUACAAAAUUGUGAGAUUUAUGUUGAUAUCCAGUUAAUGCAUGCCUCCUAAUUACUGGUAUUGGAAAUACUCUAAUGAUAGUGCAUUUUGUCACUUCCUCGUGUGUAUCUUUUAAAUUAAUGUUACACUAUACACUCAUGACAUGAAAGAUUUUGUCAUGAGGUAUUUUUGUUGAUGAACACUAUAAACUGCACAUUAAAAAAUCGCACAGAACUAUUUAAGAGCUAAUGAAUUUUUAUUAUGGCAUCUGUACUUUUAUAAAUAGACCUUUUGAUAAGUCUGUCUAGGUGUCUCUUCAUCAUACUAAUUUUGAAAAUAACUUAUUAAAUAUUAUUCUCUAUAUAUGCCUCAAAAAAAGAACAGGAGUGGGUGUGUUAGAAAUGAAAUGUAGUGUUGAUUUUGCAUUCUAGUGUUAGAAACAUAGUGUCGGGUUUGGUUCAUAUAUAUAUAUAUAUACUCUAGUGUUAGGAAUACUCAAGUUUGCUUGAGAUAAGUGAGAUAUCUGCACAUUCCAAUUACACCAAGAGAGGUUUACGGCCCAAGAAGCUGAGGGACUUAAUUGGGCUCCAUCUGGGGGAUCUGAACAUGGAGAAGGAUUUAUGGCCCAAGAUAAGACCGAACAAAGCCACUUCUAUCUUGCUCCUAGGAGCAGGAUGGCACCAGUAGGGAUAGAUAAUUUUGUUAAUUGGGAAGGCAGCCAAGGGGGCAAGAAAGGUCAACAUUUUACCUUAAAAGGUAAAAAGUAAACUGCUAGAAUGGAAUGUGUAAACAGGGGCAGGAAACUGAUAGGAUAAUUUGAAGCAUCGGAUAGGCUGUAAACCCCGGAGUACCCAGCCAGUGGGGAAACAGGGGAGGGAACUUUGCGUUGGGAAUAGGGAAUAUAAACCGUUAUUCACCUUCCUAUGGGUGUGCCUACUUGUUUAGGUCACCCAUUCUUGCAAGAAUGUAAAUAAACUGUGCUUCGUUGAAGGAUCUGUGUGGGCCUGUUCAUUGGCACGACAGACGUUUCUCACAGGUGGGAGAAGAUUGUACAAGUCAUUUGUAAUUGUGUGCUCUAUUUUUCCACAGUCAUUGUUUUGGAAAUACUGGUACAUACAAGACAUUUCAAAAAAGGCUAGAUAUUGAAAAACUACUAAAAGGGAAAAUGUUAUACAGACACUAAUUCAUAGUGGAUUUGUGGCUUUUAAAGUAAGACUUAAGAGACUUAAAAUGAGUAUUCAUUCAAUAGAGAUGUGUAUUAUGUGUGCCUGUCUUGAUGAAUGUCCUGGUUUGAGCCAAGAUGAAGCCAGUUUUUCUUUUGCUGAUCCUUUUUUUUAUUUCAGUGAGCUUUCUUCAACUAGCAACUGCGUGUUUUGCUAGGUUGAUAAGACACUGGAAUGUUUUUGCAAUUGCUGGGCUCUCAAGGUCGUGCCUUUGCUCUGCCGGCUCAGACACUACGGGGGGAUUUGUGUGUGUCCCCCCCCCACCCCGUGGGAGGCUGGGUUAGACGAACAGCAAAACUAGCCAGAGAUAUUCCAUUCCAUAUAUCUACGUAGGCUCGGGGGAAGGUCGGAGAUGACAGAAGAAAACUUACUUCCUUCCUGCUUUGCUCUCUCGCCGCUUCGUUUCGCCUCUUUGUCUGCCUUCCUUCUUCUCUCUUUUUUUCUCUUUCUUUCGUUCAUGGCCGGCGUCUGGGAAAACACCAUCUGCCCAUCAUCGUCGACCCAUCGACCUCAAGCCCUCCUGACCCUCGUAACUCUCUGCCUUCCCCCAGGAGCAGCUUCGGGAUUCCUCGGAAUUGUCUUUUCUGAGGGAAGUGCUGUGGGAGUUGCUGGGGGUGGGGGGAGGCGAGAGGCUUCUACCACACCUUUGUAUAAUCACUAUAUAUGUAUAUAUAUAUACACUCUUAUAUCACGUAUUAGUAUUACAAAUAAAGUUGCACGGUUCAGUUUUUAAUCCA